AUGACGACAGGCAUUACAAGAGACACAGAGAAAGCACAGAAUACGGCAGACAAGAAGGUCAGACGCAACUACAAAGAAAACAUUGAAGGGACGACAACAAAGAGACGAGGCAAAAAGAAACUAAACCAAAAAAGGAAAACAUACAACAGCCGGUGUUCGCUGGUGGUCACCCACCCAACUACUAAUCUGCCGGUUAGUGGCUUGUCUAUGGGGGAGCAGACGGGACCCCGAAUUUUCCACUACCUAUGGUCGUAUGUACCAGCAUCACAUUUACAAUGCAUAAUAACACUGCAAUGUCUAGUCUUGAUACCAAAAACAGAGCGCGCAAUGGGUCCGCAGCUUCACUGUUACUGGGCACUCGCGAUGCGAGACAGCCUCCAAUCAACCUCUUCAUAUCUGCAGCUAUGCCCUGAUACUUGCAGAUCUCGAAUUCCUGUCCUGCAAAGCGCCCAGAUACUCGCCCUGGGAAUGAUCUGA